CACACAUGCGGUAAGAAAAGUUGCACUGUGAAAAAAGUGUUAUGAUAUGGUUGGUUCUUUAUCCCUGAUUUGUUUUUUGCAAUGAAGCAGCAAACCACUUGUUACCUCUCUUAACAUGUAACGAAAUAGACGCUUAAGAAGGACUUCGCCAAGGGUACUGUCACCUACUGCUUUUGGACAACCAGAGUCGUUAAUUCCAUUCAACCGAUAUGUCAUCUCCUACCUCUAAAAAGAGGAGCACAUGGGUUUUUGGAAGGAGGAACUCGGCUUCAAGGAAGGGCGGACCCAGCCGGCGGCCGUCGGGGCUGGAGAUGUCCGAGAAUGUGGGCACCCCGUCCUAUGAGCCCAUGCAGUCGGGGUUACAGCCGGAGAGCGGCAGCGGCCCCGACAACAAACGAGCCGGCCCCGGCUGCCACCCGGAGGUCGAGAUUGCUGUGGAUGGCUCCCACCCGGUUCCCCCUCACCCCGGGGUGAGUUUCGACCCCAGGAUGUCCGUAUAUAGUUGCAAGCGCCCCCUGUUUUCGCGGACCAACAUUCAAGGACGAGUUUACAACUUUUUGGAGAGGCCAACUGGCUGGAAGUGCUUCGUCUACCACUUCACUGUAUUUCUCAUAGUGCUGGCCUGCCUGAUAUUUAGCGUGCUGUCCACCAUUGAUCAGUAUCAGGCUCUAGCCAAUGGAACUCUCUUCUGGAUGGAGAUCGUGCUGGUGGUUUUCUUCGGGGUGGAGUAUGUGGUGAGGCUGUGGUCGGCAGGGUGCCGCAGCAAGUACGUGGGAUUUCGGGGAAGGCUCCGCUUUGCCAGGAAACCCAUCUCCAUUAUUGAUUUGAUUGUGGUUAUUGCCUCCAUCAUAGUGCUUAGUGUGGGGUCCAAUGGACAAGUGUUUGCCACUUCUGCUGUCAGAGGGAUCCGGUUCCUGCAGAUCCUGCGAAUGCUCCACGUGGACCGUCAGGGGGGUACCUGGCGUCUGCUGGGGUCUGUUGUUUUCAUCCAUCGACAGGAGCUGAUAACGACCUUGUACAUUGGGUUUCUGGGCUUGAUCUUCUCCUCCUAUUUCGUGUACCUGGCUGAGAAGGACGCUGUCGAUGCAAAUGGAACCAAUGAGUUUGGCAGUUAUGCCGAUGCCCUGUGGUGGGGAGUGGUUACUGUAACAACCAUAGGUUAUGGUGACAAGGUGCCCCAGACGUGGGUAGGAAAGACCAUCGCAUCCUGCUUCUCAGUCUUCGCCAUUUCUUUCUUCGCUCUCCCAGCGGGAAUCCUGGGCUCUGGCUUUGCUCUCAAGGUGCAGCAGAAGCAGAGACAGAAACACUUCAACAGACAGAUACCGGCAGCUGCUUCCCUUAUACAGACCUCCUGGAGGUGCUAUGCUGCCGAGAACCCAGAUUCAGCCACUUUCAAGCUGUAUGUGAAGAAGUCCGUUGUGUCCAACUCAUCCGUGGUGUCCAGCCCCAGACCCAGGAAAACGGUGAAGGUUCGGAGGAAGCUGAAAAGCGAGAAGGACAAUGGCCUUAACUCACCCACCAUUCCUAGCAUCACGUAUGAUCACGUUUUUGACAACCGAAAACCAGAGCACAACAGUGUUGACACGUAUAACAGCUCAACAGGUGAACCCGAUGCUUUGAAAAUAACAGGACGCCAGCAGUCCUGGACUUCAAUAUCCUCCUUUCAGCUUGGCUCUCCUUCGCCAGUCAAGAAAAAUGCAGGUUUUCUGGAUGUUCAGACACCCAGACCAAUUCACCGCACCAACAGCUUUGGAGACGAUCUGGACUUAGAGGGGGACAGUGUCCUGACUCCAGUCACCCACAUCUCACAACUGAGAGAGCCUCACCGAGCAGCCAUUCGGGUCAUUCGCCGGAUGCAGUACUUUGUCGCCAAAAAGAAGUUUCAGCAAGCCAGAAAGCCCUACGAUGUGCGAGACGUUAUAGAGCAGUACUCCCAAGGUCACCUCAACCUGAUGGUGCGCAUCAAGGAGCUCCAGCGAAGACUGGAUCAGUCCAUGGGGAAACUGACACUAUUUCAGUCCAGUUCAGACAAGAAUAAAGAUCGAGGCACUAACACAAUUGGUUCAAGACUGAACAGGAUGGAAGACAAGAUAUUGCACAUGGAUCAGAAGCUGAGCCACAUUGUUGAUGUUCUCAACUGCCUGGUGUCCAACCAGCAGUCUGCGCCAUCUGCGCGACCAGCGGUCCAAAGCAGAACCCUGCAGUCAGAGUAUUUCUCGAGCCACAACAGUCUGCCCACCUAUGAGCAGCUCAGCAUCCCAACUUGCACUAACUCACAGGACGAGAGCUCCUGAAGAUCCCUGCCGUGUGCCCUUCAGCUCAGCAAUGGUCAAACAACAAGAUACUUAAGCAAAACUGUGAAACCAAUGAUCCAGAAACUAACAACCUAAUGAGGUACAGUAUACCUUCAGAAAGGGCCGAGCUAUAGAAAACGGGAAGAACUGCAGACAGUUUAUUGCUAAGGUAGGAAGAAUGGUGGUUCUCCUAGCAGCUCCUAGAAUUUCCUAGAAGCUCCUUUUUGGCUUUUGUCUUCUGUUGCCUUCCGGGAAGAAUCAGAAUCAAAUUCACCAUCACAAGUCCCACGUUGCCGAAAUAAGGAACUGGGGUUUACAAACUCUGUGACUUGGCUGACUGAGUGAAAAAGAGACAACUAUAUGCGCUAAGCGUUAAAAAAUGAAAUAUGUUACUUACAACUGCAUCAAAUUUGCAAAGAUAUCAGGAAAAUUACCCAAAUAUUUUUGUAGCAGGUGCACAGACUUUUUAUUGCCUACAUGAGUAAAGUCACGACGGUGAGUAGCUUUUGUCAUCAUCAGAGGUGGUCUGCUGUGAAACGCUCAGGCUAGCAGCACGUGUGGCCAUUGCUGGUGUCAAGACAAGCUGUGCAUCUCUUGACACAGUCUUUGCACCAGGUGGUGGAUGCUGUUUAGUGGGAUUCUGUCCCAAGCCUCAGGUAUAAAGUAAAUGUGGCUGAUGACUCGUCUCGGACGCGGAGAGGUCAAACCUGCUGCGUGAGGACGUGCGCCAUCCCGUGGGAAUGUUGUCACAUCAGGAGAGCGCAGGAAGGGCAGCAAAGGACUGAUCAGCGCAGCCAGGUGUUUUAUACUGAUGAGGCUUAGAUCCACCACUCAGCAUCACCGUAUGUGUUCCUCUGCACAUCCUGUCACAGGCAGGCCCAUCAGGGCGGUUGACUCAAACCUGGCAUGAUUGUUUAAGAUGUCUGAGCUCCACUGCUGACAAGUCAAAUAUAUAGUUGACACAGAAUCAUUGUUCUCUCAAUAAGAAGGUCCCUCUCUGUGUUUUCUUUCUUGAUUUUUACCAGAUAUGACAGGUUAAAUCACCUCAUCGCCUCUACCCAAUCAGCUCUCUCACUAAUGCAAUGGUUGUAACUUUCAUAAACUCUCAAUCAGCAAUCAGUGAUCUAUUUAACAAAAUAUUUCAUCAUGUACUUGGUAUUUGUAAAAGCAUACAUAGAGCGUCAUGUUUUUGAAAAAAAUGUUUCCUUCAAUGUUCAGUAUACAGUGAGGAUAAAUGGAUACAAGGAAAGUCAGUUUGUUUCCUUACCUCCUCUGUGCUGUCUUAUGAAACACAGAGAUGGUAAAUGUGUGGCUGAGCUGGACUAGUCACAGAGUGGAUGAACAUGCUGACAGAGGAGAUGGGUCUGAAAAUUGAACUAAAGUCCUAGAAUUGCGAUUGUAUCUCUGUAAUGGUCUCUGUUUCCAUUCACAGACUCAAUACAAAAGACAGUGUUUGGUUUGAGCAGUUGUGCCAAGUUGUAGAAAAGGACAACAUGGCUGUACUCCUAUGUCUGUCAUCUUGUUAAUGGAAUUAGUUAGCAUAUGGUUUGCUUUACACAUCCUUUUUAAGGACAUUUUCUUAAAGAUAUUUUUUUUAAUUGAAAAAUGUAUUUCAUUGUAAUUGUAAUGGUAAUUUUCAGAGUGUUUUUAAAACUGGCAUUUUGUUUUGCUGUGUUAAUUUUGUAGCUUAAAAGAGAUGAGUAAGUUUCUAGAAAUUAAUUCACUUUAAGGCAGUGUAGUAGGUUUUCCUGUUGUCUGCUUUCUGUAUUAAAUGUUGUCGAGCGGUAGGAAACAUUAGCACUGAACGUAGUACCUUGUUAAAGACUUCAGAAAUAUCAAGCUAUGAGCCAGAGCAGCAUCCAGAAUACCAGAACAGAUUCUCUCUCAUCGUGGCAUCUCUCUGUGGUGCGACUGGUCAAUGUUUCUUAUUGAAAACAACCAAUCCAGCUCCUGAACCUGAGCCAUUCACUUGUCAGGCAGCCUGCACAGGCUCAUCACACUGUAUACAGUAUCAUGCAUACGCACUCACACACUGCAAACACUCCACACAAGGUGUGGGGAAGCAUUCCCCUCAGUAAGUUUCUUACCUCCAGUACUAUUGUAGCUGCAACUUAAGUAAAAUUCCAGUUAAGUGUUUUAUAGCUUUAGAUUAACAAAUUAGUUGAUUGUAGCAUUUUAAGUUUUUAAUUGCAUGCAAUUAUUUUAGAACGUUGUCAUACCAUUUUACUUCCACUGUUUAAAACUUUCACGAAAGUGGUCUGAUCAUUGAAGGAUGCCCGAAACAGAGAUUCUUUUCCAUGCAACUUGAAAACAGAAUUUGACAAUAACAUUAGAAUUUAGAGCACAAUGACUCUUUUUUUUCUCUGUUUCACUGUUUUUAAUACAUUUAUGCACUCCAUUUCUGUACGGCUCUAUAAAGCUUUAUUGCUGUGAAAAUGAUCAUUCACACCUCCUGCCAAAUGGAACCUUUCUCUUUAAGAACCAAGUAACAUUUUGGAGAUCAUAAACAACAGGAGAAACAGUAAUCCAGGUUUGCAAUAAUAGAGCUGGGAACAUUUUUGGAAGGUUUUCGGACAGGUGCGGGAAGGAAAAUGCUGUUUUAGACAGUGUGGCAUUGUAUCUUCCAUGCAGCCUGUAUCCACAUUUCUUCACAUGCAAAAUCAUCUUAGAGAACCUCAGGGUCACCAUUGAAACAUCACAGGGAUGUUGGCAUUGUACUGAAACUGUAUCAAUCGUGCUGAUUUUACAAUGAUUCUUUUGUUUUUUAUAGUGUAUGAUUUGUAUUAUUUCUGACUCAAUAAAUUAAUCUCACCUUUAAAACUG